AUUAAAACAGGAACAUGACCUAUUGAUAUAAGUGUAGUCCAACUAAUUAUUUUAUAACUGCAUAUAAAUGAUAUAACACUAUCAUCGACCUAUUGAUAACUGCAUUGUUUGAAUAUACCCGCUAGAGUACUUCAAUCAAUAUAUAUUUCAUUACAUUUCUUACUGCUUUUUAAUACUAUCCUCGACCUUAUUUCCACAAAAGGUGGAAUCCACUUCUCUGUAAGUUAUCAUAUAUGGCAACAGUUAUGAUUUGAAAUAAAGAUAAAAUAUAUACAUUAAGAAGUUGUUUAAAUAUGGCGACAGUUUAAUGUUAAUGCCUUAAUGGAAAGGUGAAGGUUAACUAAAGUUAUUAUAUAUGACAACAAUUUGAUGUUUUUACUAUUAAGAUUAUCUACGGGUUAGGGUUAUUUUAUGAAACAUACAAAAUGAUUAUCAAAUACAAAAUAUCGCAACAAAUUUCAAAUUUUAUUAUAUUUAUGUAUUUAUUAGUAAUAAUUAAAAAAAUAACACAAAUAUGAUUUAAAAAAAAUAUCAUUACAAAAAAAAUUAAAUAAGAAAAUUAAUUUAUUUUAAAAUAAAGUAAAACAAAAAAAUGCCCGCCCUUUCUAGGGCGGGUCAGAAACUAGUGUUUACUUAAUAUAAAAACCCUUAAAUUAUACAUUUAAAAGUAGUAAUAUUAAUUAUGACAUGUUAGAGUUUAAUUUAUUAAAUAAAGUUAGUUUUGAAGUUUUUCUUUAAAUAUUUACUUUGUAGGUUUUUAUCCAAAACAAACUUAGUCGAAAAGGGUUUUAAAGUUAAAAAUCCAAAAAGAAACACACAAAAGAAUAAGCUAACUUGAUACGGAAGUUAUCCUAAUGAACUAUAUAAUCAAACCGGGGAGAAACCGUGGGUCAACUAAUAGAUAACCGGAUCUUUCAAAACCGACGUCGUUUCAAAGCCCGCGACGAGGAUAAAAAGUAACCAACCACGUAACAAACUCUUCCCUCGCAUACAAACGGUCCUUCUCUCUCUCUCCCUCCCAAAGACUCAAACUAACAAGAAACUCUCUCAACCAUGGUGGACGACGCCGCCAAAGCCCAAGGAAACGCCGCCUUCUCUUCCCGCGACUUCACCUCCGCCGUAAUCCACUACACCUCCGCAAUCUCUCUAUCCCCAACCAACCACAUCCUCUUCUCCAACCGCUCCGCCGCUUACGCCUCUCUCCGCAACUACGCCGACGCUCUCUCCGACGCAAUCAAGACCGUCGAACUCAAACCUGACUGGGCCAAAGGCUACAGCCGCCUCGGAGCCGCUCACUGGGGGCUAAAACAGUUCCAAGAAGCCGCCGCGGCGUACACCAAGGGUCUCGAGAUCGAUCCCAGCAACGAGGCGUUGAGAACAGGAUUAGUCGAUGCUCAGGCGAUGAAGAAGCAAGAGAUGAAGCAGAGAGCCAAAACGGCGAACAAGUUUGGGACCGCUGCGUUCAAGAAGAAGGACUUCGAAGCUGCGAUUCAGCAUUACUCUACAGCCAUGGAGAUGGAUGACGAUGACAUCGCAUACAUCACGAACCGUGCCGCUGUUUAUCUUCAAAUGGAAAAGUACAAAGAGUGUAUAGAGGAUUGUGACAAGGCGGUUGAGAAGGGUAUAGAGCUUGGAUCAGAUGACAAGAUGAUAGCUAGAGUUUUAACUAGGAAAGGGACUGCUUUUGUCAAGAUGGCGAAAUGCUCUAAAGACUAUGAACCUGCCAUCGAAGCUUACCGAAGAGCUCUUAAAGUGCACUGUACUAAUGCCGAGGCGUUUAAUAAGCUGAAGGAGGCUGAGAGAGCAAAGCAAGUAUGGGAGCGGAGGGAGUUUAUCGAUCCCAAGAUCGGUGAUGAAGAGCGUGAGAAAGGUGAUGAGUUCUUUGAGAAGAAGAAGUAUGCUGAUGCGAUAAAGCAGUACACUGAAGCAAUAAAAAGGAAUCCAGAAGAUCCUAAGGCGUAUAGCAACCGAGCUGCUUGUUACAAUAAGCUUGGUGCUAUUUCGAAUGGACUAGAAGAUGCGGAGAAAUGUAUUGAGCUUGAUCCGAAAUUCUCUGGAGGAUACAUCAGAAAAGCUGAAGUUGAGUUCUACUUGAAGGAGUAUGACAAUGCAAUGAACACAUACGUCGAAGGGCUUAACCAUGAUCCUAAUAAUCAAGAAUUGCGCCAUGGUGUUACAAGCUGUAUACAAGAAAUUAACAAGGCUAGCCGUGGUGGUCUUACUCCUGCGGAAUUGAAAGAAAGACAGGCAAAGGGGAUGGAAGACCCAGAGAUCCGAAACAUCCUCACAGAUCCUGUGAUUAGACAGGUGAUGUCUGAUCUUGAGGAGAAUCCGAGUGCAGCACAGACGCAAAUGAAGAACCCAGUGAUUCAGAGCAAGAUUCAAAAGCUUAUUAGCGCCGAGAUCGUCCAGAUGAAAUAGUCUCAGAAGAGUGGAAACAUCAGAUAUCCAUUUGUGCAUAUUCAUUUUUUCUUCACUCUUUAAUAUCCAACUUGCAACAGUUAUGAGUUUGUAGUCAUUUUUUUGCAAGCUCUUGUUAUAUAGAACGUUUACUGACAUCAUUCGUUUCAAUGACAAUGAACUCGUCUUGA